CGGCGGGGCGCGGGCGGCGCCUGCCCGCCCCGGGGCGCCCGAAGGCGCCUGAGGGGAAGCCGCAUCCCGGCGGCGCUGAGCCCUGCCCGGCCCCGAGUUCUGCUCCACACCCGUCCAUGGAGGCGGCCAACGGGGCCGUGCCCGAGGGCGCGGCGAGGGACUCCCGAGGCAGCGCGGCCGCCCCGUCGGGGAAAAAGGAGGUAAAGGUCGUGAUCGUAGGGGAUGGCGGCUGCGGGAAGACGUCGCUGCUGAUGGUGUACGCCAAGGGCUCCUUCCCCGAGCAAUAUGCGCCCUCCGUCUUCGAGAAGUACACAACCAGCAUUGCGGUGGGCAAAAAGGAGGUCACCCUCAAUCUGUACGACACCGCAGGGCAGGAGGACUACGAUCGCCUGCGCCCCCUUUCCUAUCAGAACACAAACGUCGUGUUGAUUUGUUACGAUGUCAUGAACCCUACUAGCUAUGAGAAUGUAGUAGCCAAGUGGUAUCCCGAAGUGAAUCACUUCUGCCGAGGUGUCCCGGUCAUACUGAUCGGCUGCAAGACAGACCUGAGGAAAGACAAAGAGCAGCUGCGCAAGCUCAGGACUUCCAAGCAGGAGCCUGUUACUUACAACCAGCUUUCCAACUGUUGGAGACACAAGUCUGGGGAACAAGGUUAAGUGCAUCAAGACCUUGGAUGAAUCACUGCUUUUUCUAAACAGCAUGAGAAGGAAUUGCAACUGCAUCACCACUAAAGCACGCUGGGACUUUCAGCUUGACUCCCUCGGGCACAGGAUGAGGUGCCUGUCCUAGAGCUUUGUGAACAGCUGCAGAUUGUCCCUCGUUUGCAUUAAUUCCCUUUGUCACCGUCACACAUGAGGUUCAGGGCAGGCAACAGACACUUUUGAUGAGUCUGCUGAGGCCUCAUGCAAUUAAAUUACAUGGCCACGUGAUGCACAAACUGUCUCCUAUGUGAGCCCUCCCACCUGUGUUUUCUACUCUUAAAUAUACACUACCUCAGUCUUUUACAGCUGAUGGCAUCUUGAGUCACACGACAUGAUGCUUCCAAUGCCAGGCACAGAGGAGCUGAACAGUAUCUACCAGCACUGCAGCUUGCAAACAACUGGAAGGAGACAAACUUCACAUAAAUAUGCUGAAGAAAAAUCCCCCUGUAGAAGCCUGAGUGCUCCAAGUGGUCCCACUCCCAGGACUCACAAUGAAUAAAUGCAGAGUUCGUGAGCUGUGGGUUGCAGACCUGGAAGUCAUACUCCAAGGCUCACAAGCAUUCCAAACUGGGGGCUGACUCUGCAGUGACAAUAAAAGCAUGACAAGCAAAGUAAGAAAUCACCCUGUUGUGUCUGUAGUGAUUUCACACAACCAGGAUUGCAUGCCAGGGUUUUAGGUUCUGGUCUGUCCACAUUGCAUGCGUUUGGGUGAGCUUGAGAAGUACAGGCACGCAUUUGUGUGUAUGAGGACGCUUGGCCCUUGGGAUGCUCCAGAGCAAAAGCUGAGGUUCCUCUAUGUGCACCAGCAAACCAAGGCAAGGCGUUGGUCCCAGUUCUGCUCUUGCAUGUGACAAUCAUUACUAAAGGUGACAUCACAUAAUAGUUAAGGUCAGGCCUCAAAAAAUAAGACCAUGUAGACAUCGUAUCCUCAGUAUCUAUCUCAGUGUUUCUUUUAAAGGAACUGAAUAUUGAGAAUACCUUAAUGCUAUCAGCAGUCUGCAUUUUAAGUCUCUAAUACACUGAACUGUUAGGCCAGGCUCUAGAUCAUCAUCAGGGAAGACAACCUAAUUGAUUGAAGAGUACUUCAGUUUAUUACCAGUGCUAUUUACAUUCUA